GAUUUCUUUAACCUUGGUUGCAGUUUGUGGUGGUUUCAAAUCAUCGCGUGGUUUAUUGUUAAUGGCAUCUAUAUCUCUUCUAAACCCGAAAGCAGAGUUCGCGAAGGCUCAGCAUGCAUUUAGUAUCAAUUUGGCCGCUGCAAGAGGACUCUACGACGUUUUGAAAACCAAUCUUGGCCCUAAGGGGACCAUGAAAAUGCUUGUUUCAGGUGCAGGUGAUAUCAAGAUUACCAAAGACGGUAAUGUUCUUCUUCAUGAAAUGCAAAUACAACAUCCUACUGCAAGUUUGAUCGCGCGUGUAGCGACCGCUCAAGAUGAUAUGACAGGUGAUGGGACAACUUCAAAUGUCCUUCUGAUCGCUGAAUUACUUAAGCAGGCAGAUGUUCAUACUUCUGAAGGACUUCACCCGCGUUUGAUCACAGAAGGUUUCGAUAUUGCCGCAAACAAAUGUUUGGAUAUACUAUCCAAGUGUCGAAUCGAUUGCCCGUCAGAAAUGCCAGAUAGGAGCACACUCAUAUCCGUUGCGGCGACAUCACUCAAUACAAAAGUCCAUUCUGAUUUGGCUAACCUCCUAACUGAGCAUGUUGUAGAUGCAGUAUUAUCAAUUCGGCGACCAAACGAACCUUUAGACUUGCAUCGGGUUGAGCUGAUGCAAAUGCAACACAGAACCGAUAUGGAUACAACACUUGUAAAAGGGCUAGUAUUAGAUCAUGGGGGUAGACACCCAGACAUGCCUAAGCGUGUAACUAAUGCAUUUAUUUUGACUUGUAACGUCUCCUUCGAAUACGAAAAAACUGAGGUGAAUUCCGGAUUCUUUUAUAAGACAGCAGAAGAAAGAGCAGCUCUUGUAAAAUCUGAACGGGAGUUUAUUGACUCGAGAGUUCAGAAAGUGAUCGCUCUGAAAAGAAAAGUAUGUGGUGAGGAUAGUGGUGGUGACAAACCUGGAUUCGUAAUAAUCAAUCAAAAGGGAAUUGAUCCAUUUUCGUUAGACGCCUUCGCUCGAGAGGGAAUACUUGCUCUACGUCGUGCUAAGAAACGUAAUAUGGAAAGAGUAACUCUUGCAUGUGGUGGAUAUGCGCUAAACUCAGUCGACGAAAUGACACCUGAUUGUCUUGGACAUGCCGGCCUGGUUUAUGAAUUUGUUUUGGGCGAAGAGAAAUAUACAUUUAUUGAAGAAUGCAAAAGUCCACAAUCAGUAACUUUGUUGAUGCGUGGUCCUAAUAAACAUACACUCAACCAAAUCAAAGAUGCGGUUAAUGACGGGCUGCGUGCUAUAAAGAACACAUUAGAAGAUGGUAAGCAAGUAUUUACAUUAGUUUCUGUUUAUUUAUGAAUACAUGCAAUACUCGGCAUUUUGAAAUUUUCACGUCAAGUGGUAAAUCGUGCCCCCUGAAAUCUGAUUCAGCACCGCACAAAAUCUUACUAAUGUGUCUCUCUAUUCGUGACUUCCAUUGCAGUACAUUUAUUUUAUUGAUUUAUGUUCUAUAAAGUGCGGCUGUCAUGAUUUAUAUGUGUUUACUAUCAGAGUGCGUUAUUCCAGGAGCAGGAGCUUUUGAAUUAGUCGCUUAUCGCGAGCUAUGCAAAUUUGCACAGUCUGUUAAGGGUCGUGCUCGUCUCGGUGUUCAAGCAUUUGCAGAUGCAUUGCUUGUUAUUCCCAAAGUCUUAGCCAGGAAUGCCGGUCACGAUGCUCAGGAAACAAUGGUAAAAUUGCUUGAAGAAGCGACUAAGGUGGAUAAUCGCUGCAACAAUAUUAUCCCUACACAGCUUGUAGGAAUUGAUCUUACUACAGGGGAAGCGAUGAUCCCUGCUCAAGUUGGGGUUUAUGACAACUUUAUUGUGAAAAAGCAAAUAAUUAAUUCCUGUUCUGUUAUUGCUUCCAACAUAUUGCUUGUUGACGAGAUAAUGCGAGCCGGAAUGAGUUCUCUCAAAGGUUAAAUUCUUGCGUUUGUGAAUUUAUUAAAUAUAUUUGUUUAUGUUGUCCUUAAACCAAUUAUCAAUUUUUAAUUUGUCUUUUUCUGCAAAAUUGUACGACUCGUCUGUUAACAAUAUCAGCCUUAAAAACAA